CCCGGGCCACUUCAUUCAAGUCUGUCCCAUGGGCUCCCACUUCUUCCAGCGCUAAACACUGCUCUACAGACCCCAGAUCCUACUCUGCAGUUUUACAUCCAAACCGAGACUUUGACAGAAAGCUUCUGUUUUUUUUUUUUUAUAAUUUCUUCAGCGUGUUGGAUGUUUUGUCUUGGAAAAAAUACAUUUCUCCUGCAUCUAAGAACUUAGAUGCAGGAGCAUCUCUCCAUCCGAGACAGUCGCUUGCACGGUCAUGGGUAUUAGCUGAGCUUUAAACAGAAAAGCUUCUCUUUUUUGCCGAACUGAAUCUUGCUCUUUUUACACACUGAUGUAAAGAACUCUUACGGAAAAGAAAAUCAUCGCUGCUUUUUUCCCCCCCUGCAAUCCACAAAGGAGUAAACGUUACCCACAGGAGCCAGAUUACAAAGAACGGUGCUGAACAUGCAUCUGGUUCUGGUUCUAGUUGGAUUAUUUCUCCUCUCUUGUCCAUCAGCAAGAGCGGAGCCGGAGUUGCCGGAGGUGGAGGAGGAAGAGGAGGAGGAGAGCUCCUGCCACGGCGCCUUUGACCUGUACUUUGUGCUCGAUAAGUCUGGCAGUGUGAUUGGCCACUGGGAUGAAAUCUUUCAAUUUGUGAAGAAUUUAGCUGAGAAGUUCAAAAGUCCCAUGCUGAGGAUGUCCUUCAUAACAUUCAGUUCCAGAGCAUCCACCAUCAUGAAACUGACAGAAAACAGAGUGAGCAUCCAAAAGGGCCUGAAUGCUCUGAGGAAAGAGAAACCUGGCGGGGAUACUUUGAUGGACCUGGGCCUGAAGAGUGCAAACGACCAGAUACGCAAGGAGAACUUUGGGACAGCCAGUGUGAUUAUCGCUCUCACAGAUGGAGACCUGCAAGAGCAGCAGCUCUACAAUGCACAACAACAGGCAGAGGAAGCCCGACGUCUUGGAGCGAUCGUGUACUGUGUUGGUGUCAAAGACUUUAAUGAAACACAGCUGGCCACCAUUGCAGACACCAUAGAGCAUGUGUUUCCUGUGCUAGGAGGGUUCCAUUCCCUUAGGGGGGUCAUCGACUCGAUUAUCAAGAAAUCCUGCAUUGAGAUUUUGGCAGCAGAACCUUCAAGUGUGUGUGCAGGAGAGACAUUUCAAGUGGUGGUGAGAGGGAACGGAUUUCUCCACGCAAGGAACAUCGACCAGGUGCUCUGCAGCUUCAAAAUCAACGAUACCGUCACAGUCAAUGAAAAGCCUGCUGGAGUAGAAGACAUGUUCUUACUGUGUCCGGCUCCUGUCAUCGAUGAGGUUGGAAAGGUGAUUUUCCUCCAAGUAAGCAUGAAUGAUGGCCUGUCCUUCAUCGGCAGCAAUGUCCACAUCACCACCACAGAGUGUUUCGACGGCACCAUCCUCUUGAUAACAUUGCUGGUGUUGUUCCUGCUGCUGGCCCUCCUCUUCAUGUGGUGGUUCUGGCCUCUGUGCUGCACCGUGGUGAUCAAGGAGCCUCCUCCUCCUCCUCCUCCUGAACCUGAGUCCGAUGAUGACGACGGCCUGCCAAAGAAGAAGUGGCCCACCGUGGAUGCUUCAUAUUACGGAGGAAGAGGAAUCGGUGGAAUCAAGAGGAUGGAGGUACGAUGGGGCGGGAAGGGCUCCACAGAGGAGGGGGCCAAGCUGGAGAAGCCGAAGAACGCGGUGGUGAAAAUGCCGGAGCAGGAGUACGAACCUUACGAGCCCAAACCCAAGAAGUCUCAGAACAAGAAGCCGCCUCAAAACCGGAAGUGGUACACGCCUAUCCGGGGUAAGCUGGAUGCCAUCUGGGCUCUGUUUCGCCGUGGGUAUGACCAGGUUUCCCUGAUGAGACCCCAGCCUGGUGAUCAUGGUAGAUGCAUCAACUUUACAAGAGUAAAAGAUGACUCAGCAGCAACCAAGGCCCCACCCCGUACUCCAAACCACGCGCCUUCGCCGCCUCCGCCAGACUACCGCCCCGUCGCCCGCUCCAACUCCUCUUCUCCUACGUCCUCCAGCCCGGCCACCAGAUCACCACCAUCAGGCCAGGGGCCUCCAGGACCACCACCAUCCCGCACACCUCCAGGGCCACCCUGUCCUCCACCGGCCCGCCCUCCACCCACCCUUCAGCCCUGAAUCACGUGGACAAACUUCCUCCACCAGAUCCACUUUGAUAUCACAUUGAUAUUACUACCCUUCUGAGCAUAUGUAUCUUAAAGGAGGUGGUCCUGCUGCCAAAUUAUGCUCCCACCUUAUAC